AUGGCCACCCGCUCCCGAGCCGCCUCCGCCUCCACCUCCGCCUACAACCCCCUUCCGGCCCAAGACGACCACACAGAGUCCUCAUCGUCCUACCCUUCUUCGAGAACAUCGCCCACCCCUUCGGCAUUGGAUCAAGUGCCAUCGAGCGCCAGGGUAAGGUCGGUGGAGAAUGGAUAUAGAGUUGAGGAGGGGUUGGGGAUGGGUGCGGAAGGUGCAGAUGAUAUGCCAUCAGGGCACAGUGGACAUCAGCAUGCGAGCAUAGCCAUGAAGAGAAAACUAUGGUGGAGAAAUGUCAUCAUAACGGGGGUCUUCAUCGCUGCUUGGUACAUCUUUGCUACAUUGCUAUCACUCUACAACAAGUGGAUGUUCUCGCCAGAAUACUACAACUUUCCAUACCCACUAUUCGUCACAGCCUGUCAUAUGGGAAUCCAAUUCGGUCUGGCUGCUGUAAUCAGGCAUUUCUGGCACGAACGGUUCAGACCACAAGAACGGCCCACGAGGAGAGAUUAUCUGACCAAAAUCUUGCCGACUGCUGCCAGUACGGGCGGUGAUAUUGGUCUUUCCAAUUUGAGUCUCAAGACCAUCACCCUGAGUCUGUACACCAUGUGUAAAUCAUCGACCCUCAUCUUUGUCCUCGUCUUUGCCUUUACAUUCCGCCUCGAGCCAUACUCUCUCCGCCUCAUCCUCGUCAUCUGCCUCAUAUCCUUUGGCGUCUUUUGCAUGGUCUUCAACACCACAGCCGUCUCCAUCGCUGGCGUCGUUAUGGUCUUUUCAGCCUCAGCCUUGGGCGGCUUGCGCUGGGCAUUGACAGAGCUGGUAAUGCACAAGAGGGCGAUGGGGCUCUCCAACCCCUUUGCAACGAUAUUCUGGCUUGCGCCCUUGAUGGCCGUAACGCUUGGUCUGGUGAGCAUGGUAGUGGAAGGGUGGGUACGGAUAUUCCAGAGCGACUUUUUCUCUGGGUGGGUGGCGAUUGAAACUGCGGGUGUCAUUGCCUUGCCGGGGUCGAUAGCGUUUGCUAUGGUAGCGAGCGAGUACUUUGUGAUCCAAAGAGCUGGUGUGGUGCCUCUUUCUAUCGCUGGAAUCUUCAAAGAAGUCUCUACCAUCUCGAUUUCUGCCUGGGUCUUUGGAGACCAAUUGACGACCUUCAAUGUCAUCGGUGUGGUCAUCACCAUAACAGGUAUCGCGCUUUAUUCGUACCACAAGUACACGAAAUCCAUUUCAGCCACGCUCGAACUCGAUUCUUCCGGCAAGCCCAUCCCAUCGCUUUCCGAUGCCUCCGCCCCCUUGAUACCACCAUCCGAGUCGCACGAAUACGCUCAAGCGCCUUCACCAUCCGAUGAUCCUGUUCCCCUCUCAUAUCUCUCUUCCAACAGCACCAGCCGUGCUUCGCAAUAUCCCCCACUGAGAGAAAGCGCAGAGCGGGCACGAGAGGAGGAGGAUGAGAGGCAGUUGAAGGAUGACUUUGAAGGAUGGGAUAGACCUGGAGGUGCGGGGAGUGACAGUGAAGAGGAGCUGGAUGAGAUCGAAGAGGACGAGGUGGAAAGGCGGAGAGCCGAAAGGCAAAACGUGAGGGGUCUGUCAGAUACGGGACGCAGUAAGGGAUGGUGGGGUGAAUGGCUAGAUAAGAGCAUGUGA